CUUUUCCUCGACUGAUCGCAUAGACCAUAACAAAGCCAGAGGAGCCUGGAGAGGGGGGCGUGGCUUCCAACAUGAAUACUGGAGAAGAGGAGGGGGGCGUGGCUUCCAACAUGAAUUCUGGAGAAGAAGAAGAGGAGGGGGGCGUGGCCUCUGAAAUGUACCACACCCUCAGUGGAGCUGUGGACUCACAUUGCAAGAGUGUUGUUACCAGGGUCAGACUGCAGAGAUCAGAGUCACCGGUGCCCAGCUGUCAGUCUGUGAAGAGCGACUGGUCCAUGGAGCAUCCCAUUAACCUUAGUGAUGAACAUCACCCCCAUGAGUCAAGUGAGCUGUCAGAGCUCCAGUCCAUCUCUGCAGUGUGUGAGCAGAUGAGCCAGCAGAGACUCUGCCAGCAGUCCAUGAUUGUAGAUGCUUCAUCCCUGUGUUCCAAUGAUCAGGACCUGGAAGCAGAAAAUAAUAAAUGUGAACAAAGAGUCCAAGAGAAACUGAAAUCCAGUCUGAAGAAGAGGUUUGAGUGCAUAUUUGAAGGGGUUGUGACAUCAGGAAAACACACCCUCCUCAACAAUAUUUACACAGAGCUCUACAUCAUAGAGGGGGACAGUGAGGGGGUCAAUAAUGAACACGAAGUGUGGCAGAUUGAGACAGCAUCCAGGACACAGACCACACAAGAAACAGCAAUCAACUGCAAUGACAUCUUUAAACCCUUACCUGGACAAAAGAAACCCAUCAAAACUGUACUGACGAAGGGGAUCGCUGGCAUUGGAAAAACAGUCUCUGUGCAGAAAUUCAUUCUGGACUGGGCAGAAGGAAAAGCCAAUCAGGAUAUUCAUUUUGUGUUUGUUCUUCCUUUUCGGGAGCUGAACUUGAUUAAUGAUGAACAAUACAGUCUGCUUGGGCUUCUGCAUGUCUUCCACCCUGGAACGAGAGGGAUUGAAAACAUUGAGUCUUAUGUUGACAAAGUUUUGUUCAUCUUUGAUGGUCUGGAUGAAAGCAGAUUUCCCUUCAAUUUCCAACACAGCGAGGUAUUGUCUGAUGUAACAGAGACAUCCUCAGUGGACGUGCUGCUGACAAACCUCAUUAAGGGGAAUCUGCUUCCCUCUGCUCUCCUCUGGAUCACCUCCCGGCCAGCAGCAGCCAAUCAGAUCCCUCCCACAUACGUCCACCGGCUGACAGAGAUACAAGGGUUCAAUGACUCACAGAAGGAGGAGUACUUCAGGAAGAGACUCAGUGAGAACCAAGCCAGCAGAAUUAUCUCUCACUUGAAAUCAUGCAGGAGUCUCUACAUCAUGUGUCACAUACCAGUCUUCUGUUGGAUUUUUGCAACUGUUCUGGAGCGACUGUUGAGUGAAGCUGACUGUGGGGAAAUCCCUAAAACUCUGACUGGAAUGUACACACACUUCCUGCUCAUUCAGUCCAACAUCAGGAAUCAGAAAUAUCAGGGAAGAAAUGAGACAGAUCCACAAAAGCUUCUGGGGCUGGAUAAAGACAUGAUUCUGAAACUGGGGCAGCUGGCUUUUCAACACCUGGAAAAUGGCAAUCUCACAUUCUAUGAAGAUGACCUGAGAAAGUGUGGCAUUGAUGUCACUGAAGCGUCAGUGUACUCUGGGGUGUGCACAGAAAUCUUUAAAGAGGAGUCUGUGCUGUAUCAGAAGAAAGUGUACUGCUUUGUGCAUCUGAGCAUCCAGGAAUAUCUGGCUGCUUUGUAUGUGUUUCACUCAUUUAUGAAUGAAAAUGAAAAGACUUUGAUGUCCAUUUUUGGUCUAAGGUCUGAAUUCACUGAACUGUCAGACACUGACAGAUUUGAUGAGGUCUUGGAGAGUGAGAAUGGAUCAUCACUGUAUGACUUACACCAGAGGGCUGUUCAGAAGGCUUUGGGGAGUAAGAAUGGACACCUGGACCUUUUCCUGCGAUUCCUUCUUGGCCUCUCACUGGAUUCCAAUCAGAAGCUUCUCAAAGGACUUCUGACACAGACCAGAAGUAAUUCAGAGAGCAUCAAGAAAACAGUCCAGUUCAUAAAGAGUUUGGAGAGGGAGGAUUCCUCCCCAGAGAGGUGCAUCAAUCUGCUCCACUGUCUGGCUGAACUGAACGAUCAUUCGCUUAUGAAGGAGGUCCAAAAGUACUUGAGCUCAGGAAGUCGUUCUGGUGAAAGGAUCUCACCUGUGCACUGCUCUGCCCUGGCCUAUAUGCUCCUGAUGUCAGAGGAGGUGCUGGAAGAGCUUGACUUGAGGAAAUACAGGACCUCAGACGAGGGGCACAGGAGACUGGUUCCAGCUGUGAGGUGCUGCAAAAAGGCUCUGUGA